AUGGCGGGCGACCACCAGCUCCGGCUGCUCGCCCUCGAUGGCGGCGGCGUCGGCGGCACCAGCACCGGCGGCCUCAUCGCAAUUAUGCUGGGCCGUCUUCGGAUGACCGUCGACGAGUGUAUUAACGCCUACACGACGCUGUCGGAUCGCGUUUUCGAAAAGAAACACCACCGGUUCAACAUCAAAGGCAAUCUGCAGGGCAGGUUUGACGCGGCCGAACUUGAACGAGCUGUCAAAAGAAUCCUGGUUGAGCGCGGCUUGGACGAAGAGACCUUACUCCUCGAAGACUCGCCCGAAGCUCCCUGCAAAGUGUUUGUCUGCGCGACAAGCAAGGAGACCAAAGACACUGUCUGCCUGACGAGCUAUCUGUCCCCGCGUGGGCGCAGACAUCUCUUGGAGUCGACGACCAUAUGGCAGGCCUGCCGCGCGACCUCGGCCGCCACGUCCUUCUUCGACCCCAUCGCCAUCGGACCUUUUGGCGAAGAGUUUGUCGACGGCGCUCGGGGCAAACAAUCCGGUCUUCGCUCUCUGCAGUGGGCCUGGGCUGAGGUGCCUAGUGUCAAUUGGCAUCCCGUGCGCGACGACGUGCUGGGCAUCACGUCCACCCUCAAAGAGCUCGCAACCGAGACGGAAAAGACAGCCCAGAAGUUCCAGCGCGAUAAACGGAGCCUGGACCGCGAGGGCCACUACUACCGCUUCAAUGUCGACUGCGGGCUCGAGGAUGUCCGGCUGCAAGAGUCAGCCAAGAAGAAGGAGAUUGCGGCAGCAACCACUAGCUAUGUCGCUUCCCAGGCCGUGUUCCAGCAGAUGACAGCAUGCGCAAACAGCUUGGCAGCGAGAGAAUUGGAUCUAGACUACGGCGAAUACAAAACCCCGUUCAGUUUGCAGGGCGUCCCCGUAUCGAAGCAGUUCGUUCCCAGACCCCUCGACACGGCCGAGAUUGAGCAGAGCCUCCUUCCACGACCCGGCACGCGACAUACGGGGCGACGGAUAUUUGUUUUGCACGGUCUCGGUGGCAUCGGCAAGACGCAGCUGGCUGUCGACUUUGCUCGACGCCACCAAGCCGUGUUCAGCUCCGUGUUCUGGCUGGACGGGAGGUCUGAGGACCGGCUCCGACAAAGUAUUGCUGGUUGUGCGGGCAGGAUCCCCAGCCACCAGCUCUCAACCGGAAACAAAUAUCCAGUUGCCAGGGGUGGGACCGAUCUCGAUGAUGCGGUGACGUACGUCUUGGAAUGGCUUGCCCGGCCAGACAAUACCGACUGGUUAUUGUGUUUCGACAACGUCGACCUCGACUUUGAACGAGGCGGCGUAGCCGGCGCUUAUGACAUUCAACGCUAUCUUCCCGGCGAUCAUGGGUCGGUGCUUGUCACCACCCGACUGUUGAAGCUGGCACAGCUCGGCGACUCGAAGCGUUUGACAAAGGUCGACCAGGACCAAGCCAAGGCUAUUUUUACAUCUUGGUACGGCCAGCAGCUAGUCAUCACUAAAAGCAGCACCGAGCUCCUCGAGUUGCUGGAUGGCCUGCCGCUUGCUCUAGCACAGGCUGCUUCGUAUCUCCGCGAAACCGGGCUCGGGACUUCGUCAUACCUCCGGCUCUACAAGCAACAGUGGGACCACCUGAUGAGCGCCGAUGCCGAGCCUGUCCUACCCCAGACAGUUGACGGGCAGCACAAUGUAGGGACAACCUGGACCAUCUCGUUCAAGGCAAUCGAAGCCAGGAACCAGAAGGCCACCAACCUGCUCCGCCUCUGGGCCUUCAUUGGCAACAAAGACCUCCGGCACGAUCUUUUGCAACUCGGGGUCAAUGGAAAUGAGGAUGCGCCAGCUACGUGGCCCGCGUGGCUCAACGAUCUGGCUUGUAACGAGGUCAUGUUAUUGGAAGCAGUUCGACUUCUUCUCCGUUAUUCAAUGAUUGAGACCCAGGAAUCCAUGCCAGGCAGCUACGCUAUGCACCCGGUAGCACACAGAUGA